AUGUUGACACAAUACCCGAAUAGUCCAGAUCAUGCUGGCGACGAGGAGACCGAUCAACAUAGAUCUGUGGUAGUCACAGAAAAUUAUGGGCCGUUGUCGGAGCUAGCGCACGUGAAAGAACGUGCAACGCCAAAGAACGCGACUGAAAGGUGA